AUGUUUACUGUUCUAAAAGUUCAGGCUUCUUUUUUACUAGCUCAUUUGAUGCGAGCUGCAGAAGUUAAAAAUGCCAUCGAGCUUAUGAUGGGUAAUCUUGAAAGUUAUGCUAGUGAUUCUGUGACAGCAAUUGUCAUCGACGGUUCAUCAGCUGUUCAUGUUGCCACUGAAAAUGAGAAUCAUUUUCUUUCACAGUUUAAGCAUUUUCUUCCAAAGAAUGCUCAAAGAAAUAUAUUGUUUCAAGCAAAACUGAAUGAUAUUUCUAGCCCGAUCACCUCCAAGAAUUUUCGUGCUGAUGUAUUACGGGAAAACACAGAGGCUGUGUUUGCUGCAUGUGAUUCAGCUCAUGGAAGGUGGGCUAAACUUCUUGGUGUCCGUGCUCUUCUUCACCCAAAGUUAAGGCUUCAAGAGUUCCUAAACAUCUAUAAUAUAACACAGGAUUUCAUCACAGCUACUGAGAAGAUUGGUGGGAGACUAGGAUAUAGCAUCCGUGGAACGCUGCAAUCACAGUCAAAGUCAUUUGUUGAUUUUCAACAUGAAUCUCGAAUGACAAAGCUUAAAGCAAUUCUUGAUCAAGAAACAUGGGUGACUGUUGAUGUUCCUGAGGAAUUUCAGGCAAUUGUUGCAUCUCUUCAUUUUCACGAGGAGUCUUUUCAAAACAGUCAUAAUGAAGAGCUAACUGUCAGUUCUAAUAAAGAAAACAGACUGGAUUCUGCACCAAAUCAAAAUGCUGAUGGUAGCUCUGUUGAAGCUGGAAGAACUACUUCUCAGACUAUUGUGUAUGGAGGCGUUGGUUAUCACAUGGUGAACUGUGGUUUAAUACUAUUGAAGAUGCUGUCCGAGUAUGUUGAUAUUAGUAAAUGCUUGCCGGCUUUAUCGUCUGAAGUCAUCCAUCGUGUGGCAGAAAUUUUGAAAAUGUUCAACACCAGAACUUGCCAGCUUGUUCUUGGUGCCGGUGCUAUGCAGGGAUUGUUUGGUCGGCAACAUUGCCCGUGCAUUACAUUCUAA